UCGUUUUCUGCAGACAUGAAUUCUCUUCUGAACAUCAAGGAAUCAGUCAGACUAUUUUAGAGAUUAUAAAGAUGAUGCAGUAGUGAAGGAAGAUUAUUCACAAACACCAUAGGAAAGCUUUUCUCACUUGUUUCUGGUGAUUUUCUUCAAUCAGUUCUUGGGGAAACAUGAGUUCAGCUCUUUCAACAGCUUCGGCCACCAGAAGGCUAGAGGGCAAAGUAGCACUAAUUACUGGUGGAGCCAGUGGCAUAGGCGAGAGCACAGCUAGGCUAUUUAUCAAACAUGGAGCCAAGGUACUCAUCGCAGACGUUCAAGAUGAUCUUGGCCACUCACUCUGCCAAGAAUUCGACUCCCAAGAAACUCUCUCUUACAUCUACUGCGAUGUCACUUGUGAUUCUGAUGUUCAAAACGCUGUGGAUACUGCAGUCUCCAGGUAUGGAAAGCUCGACAUAAUGUUCAGCAAUGCAGGAAUUUCAGGCAAACCAGAAACAAGAAUCCUAUCUACUGAGAAUGAAGAAUUCAAGAAAGUGCUUGAUGUGAAUGCUUUUGGUGCUUUCUUGGGAGCCAAACAUGCUGCUAGAGUAAUGAUCCCAGCCAAGAAAGGCUGCAUACUGUUCACAUCAAGUUUAGUUUCAGUGUGUUGCAUGGGUUCUCCAUAUCCAUACAUAGCAUCAAAAUAUGCAGUGGUGGGGCUCGCCAAGAACUUAUGUGUGGAGCUGGGGAAGUAUGGGAUUAGAGUUAACAGUAUUUCGCCAUUUGGGGUUGCAACUCAAAUGGUGAGAGAUGCUUUUGGGAAUAGGGAGAAGAAGGAAAUUGAGGAAAUUAUUUCAUCAGUGGCUAACUUGAAAGAGGUGGUGUUGGAAGCUGAUGAUAUUGCAGAGGCAGCUUUGUAUCUUGCAAGUGAUGAGUCUAAGUAUAUCAGUGGAAUCAAUUUGGCUGUUGAUGGAGGUUACAGUCUCACUAAUCCAACUUUUUCAUCGGCAAUGAAAAGCCUCUUCUCUUAAGAAGAUUGUCUUGAACCUCUGUGUUCUUCUUCCUCUUCUUCUUGUGACAGGACCAAAGCAUCUCAAUAAGUGAAACUUUAGUGUUUGUCCUGUAGCUUUCAGCUUGUAAUAUGAAAGUUAUAUGGCAACUAUAAAGUAUUAAUUAUUGUCAAUUCACAAUUAUUGAAACACCAAUGCAGCUAAUUGUCAACAGCUUUCUGCUUAUUUUUUAA